UUUUAAUAUAUAUGUACAUUGUAUAUUAUUUGUUUCAGGAAUCGUGUGGCUCUUUGGCUGAUAAAUAUAUCGAAUACGACUCAGUCGUAAUCCUUGUUGAUUUAAUAUUACUUGAUAAACGGGCGUACAGGCACCUGCUUUACAACUGUAACCUGAAGCCUUGUUGGAAACUAAUAAUAAUUCUCUGGCUUGUUGAAUCUUUCCGCAAUUUUUCCUUAUGCGAAAAUAACGCAAAAUAUGUUCAAAAUUGGAAGGCAUUUCAAUACCAUUUUAAUGGAUAUUGCAAUCUUUAUUUAAUAUUAUUCAAGACUGCUUUUGCCCACGUUGCCUUCAUUUUUAUUGUAAUUCUUUUGACGGAAAUUAAGUGGUAUCUUCAACCGAAUAAUUCAAAUAAAUGCAGUGUGACACGUCUGACGGAAGCUUUAGUAAUUGGUGGAGCCGGAAAACUGUUAGGACUACUAGAAAUCACUUGGAGGCAUGUUUUUGAAGCACCUCACCACUUCCUUAUAUUCGGAUAUACUCUUCUUUGUCUGAUCACAGCUUAUUUAG